AGUUGAAUCUUGUGAUUGUGUCAGAUCUUCUCCUUGUAAUGCAAAAUAUUGGCCAAGAAAAUUAUUUCAUUAGUUAUUUAUAUAUUUUUAGUUUGAUUUGGAGUUCAAAGUUUUUGCUUUUUUUUUUUCUUUUUUAAGAUAAUUGAUUGGCCAAGUUCUUGAACAGUGUUUGAUAUUAUUAUAAGAGCAGUGUCAAAGUCAUCCUUUUUCUUGCUGCCCAUUUAUUGCACUUCUCUUUUGCUUUCCGUUCCUCUUCACUAAAUGCUCUUUGCCUCCCCUUUUCUUUAAUCUUCCUUGCUUUUCGUCACUGUAUUUGCAGCUGACUGGAUAGUCUUUUUCAUUGGCAAAAUCAAAGUCUCUGGAUCUUGAAAGAGCCUACACGAGAGGGGUAAACAGGUAGUAUUCCUUUUUACCUGAUAAAAGAAACCUAGUCAAAAAAAGGUAAGUACAGGCAGCCCAGCUACAAGAUCUUUUCAUUUUUGCUUAUAUUCUUCAUCUUAAAGCACUCUGCUCAAUUAAGGUUAUGUUAUAGAAGAAGAGAUUAAUGGUUUAUGUACUUGUGAUUCGAUUCAAUAGGUAGAAUAUCUGUUAACAAAUGCCUCAACACCUUUAAGGAAGAAUAUAUACAUAUGAUGAAGGCUAUAAGAUUGCACCAUAUGAGAGAUCCCACUGAUGACAACUUCAAAAAAAAGGAUCUGUCUACAUUGCAGUAGGUGUAGGAAUUAAAAUUUGGAGAGAGAAAAUGGGGAGGAGGGGGCGUGGGGGCUGUGUCAUGUUGCAGCCAUGGAGCUAUUGACUAAAGGUUCAAAGAAUCCCCACACAGGAAACUAUCCCUGUACCCUGAUGUAUUCUGUUUUGACUAUUUAUUUAUCUUUUAUUAAUUUCAUUUUAUUUAUUUAUUUAUUUAUUUUUACUAUAGGGAGUUUUUAAGUAAAUUUUGGAGAUGAAAUAUUCACACAGUAGUAUCAGAUUCAAGAAAGACUGCUUUUCAGGCCGAAAAGUAAAAGUUUGAAAAGGAGAUGCAUAACUAGGGAGGAAAACUGCUGUCAUGAAAAAUACUUGUGCUGCUAAACUGGUCAUACGCAUAUGCAUGUGCUCCAAACAAGUCUCUGUAUAAUAUAAAUAACAAAGGUUCUGCCCACAUCAAUCACCCUUGGUCUUCGGAUUAUCAAAAAAUAAUGUAAAAUAACUAUUUUAAGUUUUUCAUAUUGUAAAUUCCAAAUCUUAAGAGGUUAUGCAUCAAUAAGAACAUGUUUGAUGGAUUAAGGUGUUCAAUUAAUUUUUUGCAGCAUAAUAGAUGGCUUCUUCAAGCUAUUCGAAUUCUCCUUGUGCUGCUUGCAAGUUCCUACGGAGAAAAUGCAUGCCAGAUUGCAUCUUUGCACCAUACUUCCCACCUGAAGAGCCUCAGAAGUUUGCCAAUGUUCACAAGAUAUUUGGUGCAAGCAAUGUCAGUAAGCUCCUCAAUGAGGUCCUUCCUCAUCAGAGAGAAGAUGCUGUCAACUCUCUUGCCUACGAAGCUGAGGCACGGAUGAAAGAUCCAGUCUAUGGCUGUGUUGGUGCUAUUUCAGUCCUCCAGAGGCAAGUUAUUAGACUCCAAAAGGAAUUGGAUGCUACAAAUGCUGAUUUGAUCCGAUAUGCCUGCAAUGAAAUGCCAGCAGCAAACCCCCAAUUUGGAAGAAGAAUGGGUCAUGGAGGGGUUUCUUAUGAUCAAAGUUCUGGUAUAUAUUAUCCUUCUCCAUGGAAUAAUGACACUUGUGGUGAGAGAGGAGAUGGUAGCAUUUAAGCUUUCCAAGCCUGUAUAAAAUCGGGAUUAUAUGUGCUAUAUUAUUAGCAUGGAGAAUACCUAUUUAGGGUUUCUUAUGCACAUGACUCGUGCAUUAUCAUGGUGAAGUAUGAUUUGUUACCUUGUA